AUGAAGCUCUUUAAUGCUCACGGCAUUAUGUUCAAAGCUAGCAAGGACUUCUCGACCCAGGAUAUUGAGUUCAACAGCACCCCAGCUCUUGACCUGGCCGACGCCAAGAUCACCACCAGACUCUGA